UUGUCGGUUAAACCAAGAAGGAAAGAGCCCAGCUUCCGGUAUGGUGUAUUAAACAGGGACCACCACAGGACAAAUCUGCCAGGAAAAUGCGGUAGGCAAGUUGUCAUAAGUGAAAGAGAAAUUAAAAUACGGCGCAUCCACAGUGCCAUCUUUAUGACUUUCAAAUAAAUGUGGCUUAUGGUUGUACGGCCCAAGGGCUCUGUGACGGAAGUAAUCGGGCUAGCUGAUCAGUCAUCGAUCGACCGCUAUUAGAGCUCUGCGCGCGGGCGGACAUGGGGACGAGAUCCAGCCGUUUACACGAGGAGGCUGCCUCCACACCUUUUGAUAAAGACGGCAUCAAGAGAGAGUCAUGUCGACGGAUCCGGAGCACCAGGCCCACCAGCCUCAUGGUGGAGUUCUCCGGGAGUUUCGAUCACGACUCCGAGACGAACCGCAGCCGGUCAGAAGAGGGUAGCGACUCGGAUACCGGGCAGCAGGCGAGCAGCGACGGCAGCCCUGCCGACCGCCACACGUCCCCGUCUCUGAGCAGCGAGGCCUCGCCAUCGGAUGAGAAUGGAGCCGACGAGAAACGCGAGGACGACGGCAGUCCUGGAGGCCCUGUGAGCGGGGAGGAAAUAGGCCGUGCACCGCAGCGCACUUUCUCCGAGCGUUUGCCCGGUGGUCGCCAUUCUUCCGCCAGCGGAGUCACGGCAAGGUCUGCCCGGGUGAGAGGCACUCACGCACGGCCAGUGUCCGAGGCGUGGAUCGGCCUCUACAGAGUCAACAACCGGCACGGUGCUAUUCGUUGUCCCUUUUGCACCAAGCCGUUCCCUGGAGGGCGGAUUGAGGACCACCUUUUAAGUUGUCUGACUUCUCCCCCUCUCCCUUAUAACACGGAUGUGCUGGCUAAGGACAGUGGAGAGUGUUCAAUCUGUCUUGAAGACCUGCUACAAGGAGAAACCAUCGCUCGACUGGCCUGCCUGUGUGUCUACCAUAAGAGCUGCAUUGACACAUGGAGCAAAGUGAAGCCGUGCUGCCCUGAGCAUCCUUUUGAUUGAUUCAUGUGACCGCGUGCAAUGACACUUUGACUCAGGAGACAAUACCCCCUGGCAGGAGCAUUUAUUUUCUGACGAGAGGAUUGUGAGAGACACAAAAGAACAAAAACUAAAAACAAGCAUCAACACUUGUGGUCAGACUAAUCGCUCGGGAGUGAGCCUGGCUUUAACAAUCUGACGUGACUCUUAGGACUUGGCUUUUCUCUGCUCUCCACAUCUGCGUGAACGGCGGGUUUGCUCUGCUUGCCUUUCCUCUUCAAACCUCAGAGUGAAACUGAAUUUAACUUCGAAAAAGACGGAGAGAAAGUUACACACGGAACAGUUUGUGGGGAUGGUGUUUGGCAAUGCAAAUGUGGCGAUCUGUCAUUUAUGCCGGGCUUAGUUUGAGCAGCCUGCUGGGGUUGCAUUGGUUUGAAUGAACUACUUGAUCCGUGAUGAGUUGUACAUGCGUAAAUAUUGCACAGGAUUACAUACGAGGCAUGAUGUUUUCUAUAUAUCGAAUGAUAUGAAACUGUUUUUGGGGAAAGUUUUUUUUUUUUUUUGGUCAUUGUUGCUUUAGGAACAUUUCAAAGGCAGAGUAAAAUUUUCCAGAUUUAGUAGAUUUUUAGUGAUUUUAUCCAUCAUUAAGUCGAAAGUCUCUCUCAAUACCACAUCAAGCUCUUUUUAACCUCUUGAUCAGAUUGUAUAUCGUUGACAGAUCAGAGCGAAACUUCCACUAGCUUAAUGGAUGUGUUCUUGGUUGCAGUGAAGUGUGUGUUCAAGUGUGUACUUAAAUGCAGAUGAUGAUGACCUGAUAGCGUUUACUAUUCUUGGAGGGCAGGUUGGGAUUUUUUUGUUGUGUGUCAGAUGUAAGAAAACACUUUACGCUGUACACCAGGCCUUCUCUGCACUGAAUGAGACCAUCUGUGGUGCUGAGAUGUGUGUCAGAUGCAGUAAUGCCAUAUGGCACAUGCUUCGCCUGAGGAUAGAGAUUGAGAACAGCUGAUGGGUAAUUAUGACUAUGUCAUCAUCAUCAUCAUCGUCCCCCCCCCCUGAAACGAACAAUGGAAUAAGUGCUUCGGAAAGGAUUUUUAUUUUCGACAGCACUCCACAGAGAUGCUUGUUCAAUAUUUUGAGGUUUUUUGAUGGUGGGUGUGUGUUAUUGUGUUCAUCAUUCUAUCGUGUCUUGUAACGAUCAGUUGGUCUGUUACCUUUUUUGCCUUAGCUCAAGGAUUCAUAUUUUGAGAGCAGUAUUGCAAUGUAUUUUCAUUACAGGUCAGUCAAACGGUUCUUUCCCAUUGAAAAAAAAAAC